AUGAAAUGUGUGUGCUCUUUAGUAUCCUCUAUAUUUUUUGUGUCGCGUCCAUAUUGUCGCAUCUCAUCAUCGAACGUUUGCGCAAAAGAUCCAAAAUCGCAAUUUCUUCUUUACAUUCUCAACUGCGAUUAUACAACAAUGUCAGCUAUAUCACGGGAUAAGCUAGAGCAAAUUGCUCAAGAUUGGGUGUUAGUUGACCCAAAUGAAGAAACAAAAGCAGAGAUAUCAAACCUCGUCAAGAAUAAGCACUAUAGCAAACUACAACGAAAAUUGUACCCACGUAUCGCAUUUGGAACCGCUGGAUUAAGAUCAUCUAUGGAAUCUGGAUUUGCUCAUAUGAACGAUGUGACCGUUUUACAAGCGUCUCAAGGUUUAGUUGAAUACCUUUUGACCAAAUUCACUAAUCCUUCAAUUGUGGUUGGAUACGAUCACAGAUUUCAUUCACAGCGAUUUGCGGAAAUUUUAGCCAGUGUGGCACUACUUAAGGGAUUCACUGUAUACUACCUUGGAUCUACCAAAAACUUUUCAACUGAGUCUUUGAAGUUAUACAAGGGAAGUUUUAAAAAUGAUGACAGUGCUAGUAGAGAGUAUGUCCACACACCUUUGGUUCCAUUUGCAAUUGAUCAUUUGAAUGCAUCUGGUGGUGUAAUGAUUACAGCGUCGCAUAAUCCAGCUAAUGACAAUGGAUACAAGGUGUAUUACGCUAAUGGUUGUCAAAUAAUCCCACCCCAAGAUGCUGAUAUUGCUCAAUCGAUUGAGAAUAACUUAAAGCCAUCGAGUGAUGAUGUUUGGCGCAUCGUUGAAAACUUUGAAAAUGGUAUAAAAGGGGAUAAGUUGAAAUGUAUCAAACAUGAAAUUGUCAAACAGUAUGUUUCUGCUGUUAAAGACAAACUUGUUAAAGAACUCCGCCUAGAUUUUGAUUUCGUCUAUACUCCAAUGCAUGGAGUAGGUUUGGAGAUUUUUGAAAAAUGCAUCAAUUUGUUCGAAACAAAUCGCUAUAGUGUUGUUGAAGAGCAAAGCAAACCUGAUCCUUCUUUUCCGACUGUCAGUUUUCCCAACCCUGAAGAAAAGGGAGCAUUAGACUUGGCAAUUACACAAGCACAACAAACAAAUGCCAAAUUAGUUAUUGCCAGUGAUCCUGAUGCUGAUCGUUUUAGUGUUGCUAUUGUUGAUAAACAAGGUAAAUUCAGGCAAUUGACGGGUAAUGAAAUUGGAUUUUUAUUCGCCAUGUAUGUGAUUGAAAACUUGGACAAGGCAAAACUAUCCAAUACGUAUUUGUUAAACUCGACUGUUUCUUCACAAGUAUUGAAAUCAAUGGCAGAGAAGUGUGGUUUCAAUUUUAUUGAUACAUUAACUGGGUUCAAGUGGAUUGGAAACAAAGCCAUUGACUUGGAGAAUCAGGGGCACUUUGUUCCUUUUGGAUAUGAAGAAGCAAUUGGAUUCAUGUUCAACUUAGUGCAUGAUAAAGAUGGGAUUUCUGCUGCCGUUGUAUUCUUGCAAUUGUACCAACAAUGGUUCAGCAAAGGCGAUGUGAAUGUCAUAGACAAGCUUGAACUGGGAUAUAAGGAAUAUGGAUGGUUUAAAGAUUUAAAUGGGUAUUACCGGCUAAGUGAUGUUAGUCUUACCCCCAGGAUUUUCAAAUCGGUAAGAUAUUCCUACUCAGGUCAUGAAUCCCCUCAAACUAUCGGUGACUUCAAGGUAACAUACUGGCGUGAUUUAACUAUUGGAUUCGACUCAUCUGCGCCAGAUCACAAGCCGAUUUUACCAGUUGAUCCUCAUUCACAAAUGAUUACUGCAGUUCUUGAGCCGGUUGCAAAACCACAAAAUGGCCAAGAUCUUUCAGUCAGGUUCACGUGUCGCGGGUCAGGCACUGAACCAAAAUUGAAAGUUUACAUUGAAGGUAAAUCGAGUACUAGCGAGUCUGAUGCGUUGAAAGUAGCUGGUGAUUGUUGGGAGACGCUAAAAAGAGAAUGGUUUAAGCCUAAGGAGUAUGGAUUAGAGGAAGUGAAGCCAUAA